UUUCAUUAAGAGUAAUUUAUUUAUGAGUUUUUGGAUAAUAUUAAGGUUUCUUUUUUGCUUGAACUUUACACGCUUAUUUGUAUACUAAUUUUUCUUUUUACUAAAGAUCUGUUAUUAUUGAUUAGAUUCCAAAAUUAUAUCGAAAUAUAUCACGUUUGUCAGACAAAUGGAAUAGGUUCUCUGUUGUAAAUGAUUUUGUAUCCAAUAAUUUUUGAUAAACUUUCCCGGUGCGAUUGCCACUGAUAUGAAGACCGUAGGUUAGUAAUGUGUUGUAUAAGAGAAUGUCUAGUGUGAAAAAAAUCAGGAUAAGUAGAAUAAACCAAUAGAAAAUACCCUAAUGUUUUGUCUGUAUAUCGCUCGUGCACAAAUCUACAAAGGAUUUUCUUAACGUGCAUACACACAACCUGACAAUAAGACAUAAGGUGAAGAUCGCAGUAUCGAUAGACAGACAUAUAUUGAGGAAUUUUCACUUUCAUGGAAAAUUCAUAUGUGUAAGAUUGACACGACAGAGAUAACUGUGACAACCGUGUAAGUGGAUCUUAUUACAGAAUAAAUCAUGGUAAAGGAUAUGCGUAGAUAAGGUCCUCAGUUUACUUAUUGAAUUUGAUAGCCGAUUCUAGAAGUCACUGUAACUGAUUAUGGAUGUAUCGAUACAUGUUAAUAAAUCAAUUGAAUUGUGGAUAUAAAUACAGAAUAAAUACUAAUUCAAAUCUUUCCUUAAAACUUAUGUAAAUAAUAUCUUUGGUUAAAUUACCUGUAAUUUUAAUUAAAAACAUUUUACUAAAACAAAAAAUUUUUGGUUAAAUAAUGAGAUAAUUACCUUGGUCAUGUAAACACAUAAAAUGAGCACAAUUAAACUUUUCACAUGUCCACCUUAUCAGGAACAGCAUCCACUCUUCUGUUACCUCAUGGAACAUUGGCCUAUUGUAAUAGAAAAAUAAAUCAAAACCUGGAAGAGGAAACAGGAAUCGAUCAACUCACUUCAGAUGAAAUAUUUCGUCCGGAAAUUGAAAGUGAAAGAUUAGUAAUCAAUGUAAGCGGUUUACGUUUUGAAACUCAAGCACAAACUGUCAAUCAAUUUCCUGAUACCUUACUAGGUAAUCCCAAUAAACGUAAUCAUUAUUAUGAUCCGUUAAGAAAUGAAUAUUUUUUCGACAGAAAUCGAUCAAGCUUUGACGGUAUACUUUAUUUUUAUCAAAGCGGUGGGAGACUUCGACGACCUGUUAAUGUACCAAUAGAUGUAUUCAAUGAAGAAAUAAAAUUCUAUGAAUUAGGUGAAGAGGCAUUGGCUAAAUAUCGUGAAGAAGAAGGAUUUAUUAAGGAGGAACCAAAAAUUCUACCAAGAAAUCGUUUUCAACGUAAAGUUUGGCUUUUAUUUGAAUAUCCAGAAAGUUCAUUAGCUGCACGUAUACUAGCUAUUGGUUCAAUAUUUGUUAUUCUCUUAUCAAUUAUAAUUUUUUGUUUGGAAACUCUACCACAUUUUCGUCGAUAUAAAAUAAUAAAUAACCUUAAUUCUACUUUAUGUUAUGAAGAAUUAACUUUUGAAGAAGAUGAUUUACCAACAAUUGAUCAACCAUUUUUUAUCAUUGAAACAUUUUGUAUAGUAUGGUUUAGUUGUGAACUACUAGUACGUUUUGCUUCAUCUCCGAAAAAGUUUGAGUUUUUCAAGGUGCUGAUGAAUGUUAUUGAUGUGGUUUCAAUUAUACCAUAUUUCAUAACACUUGGUGCUGUAAUUAUCGAUGAUCCGAAACAAAUUAAUCAGACAACAUCACUAGCUGUACUAAGAGUUAUUCGUCUUGUUCGCGUUUUUCGUAUAUUCAAAUUAUCAAGACAUUCAAAAGGACUACAAAUUUUAGGACAAACACUAAGAGCAAGUGUUAGAGAAUUAGGAUUAUUAGUAUUCUUUUUACUGAUUUGUGUUAUUCUCUUUUCAUCAGCUGUAUAUUUUGCUGAAGCUGAUGCUGACACUUCAUUAUUUCGUAGUAUACCUGAUGGAUUUUGGUGGGCUGUUGUAACAAUGACCACAGUUGGUUAUGGUGACAUGCGACCGGUAACUGUAUGGGGUAAAUUAAUUGGUUCAUUAUGUGCUAUCGCUGGUGUACUAACUAUUGCACUUCCUGUUCCUGUGAUUGUAUCAAACUUUAAUUAUUUCUAUCAUCGUGAAACAGAAUCAGAUGAUAUUUCACAUUCUAUUUCUUCAUCUUUAGAAACAGAUGAUGAUGAUGAUGAUAUUACCAAUAAAGAACAACAUAUAAAUACAAAAGUUCGUAGUAUUACUUACAAUAUCAAUAGUAGUGGUAGUAGUAAAUCCAUAAAAACAAUGUCACAUAACGAGAGUAGUGUUAAUAGUCAAUAUGAUACAACUAUAACCAGUGCCUUGAAACAAAAUUCCAUUACAAUAAAAAAGUAAUCAUAUACUCUCGGUUUUCUUCUUAUAACAUUGUAAUUGUGUUUUUUUUUUUCCAUCAAUUCAUGAAUCCUUCUAAAAAAUCAAUUUUGUUUAAUCAAUAUUAUGCUCAAAAUUAAACCAACUACAAAUAUAGAGAACAGUCAAAUAUCUUAUUCACCAUACAGAAUACACAUUUACAUAUUUUAUCAACAUAAUGAACUAUGAAUUAAUUAAACUUAAUUCUACGAUAGAUAUUUUUGUACAUAAAGUUCAUGUUAACCGCAGAUACCAAUUUUAGUUAGUGUGUUUUCUUUUCUAACUGCACUUUAUCAUUUUCAUUUACUGUUUAUCCUUGAUGUUUAUUUAAUUUUCAAAUGACCUUUAGGUAAAUAUAUAUAUAUAUGUAAACUUCUACUAAUCGAUGAAGUUAUAUAAUAAUCAUUGUAUAAACAUUGGUUGAUAAUGCUAAGAGCAUAUUCAUAUUUUCAUCAACAACCUGUAGAAGGCUUCAAUGGAAUCAACUAUUUUCAUAGAAUAUUUAUUCAUGUAGAUUCUUCUUUUUUUGUUUCUUCGGUUUCUUUUCUCACUAUUAUAUGCCAUUGAUGAACAAUAAAAAAAGAAUAGAGAUUUCUUCAGAAGCAGGCAAAUCAUACAUUUUUUUUUGUGGCAAAAUUGAGUAACUUCAUUAUUAAAUCAUUCAGUUGUAGAGCUAAUAAACUAAUAUACUUUAUAUAUGAUAACAAAGAUGUCAUGUUGUAUUGGGCUUUAAGAUAAUUAUAAUAAACAUUAUCUACUAUUUGUUUAUUUGAUUCAUUCUAUGUAAAUGUGUCAAAUAUUUUGAAGAUUUCGGAUCUUUCAUGUAAAACAAUAAAAAAAUAAAUAAUUUUAAAUAUGUAUGAAAGUUU